AUGUUACCGGCCAGCAUCCUACAAGACAUCCACCAGCUAUCACGCCCAGCCAAAGCCUCCAAAAAGAAGCACAUUCCAAGUGCAUCUGCAGUCUCACCAGCUCCACAACCAACACCAUCACUUUUAAAAUCACCGAGACCAAUAUCCCCCGUCGAACUCGUAGAACAACGUAGACCUCGUGUCAAUUUCGCCUCCAAACCAACCAUACUACGAUCUGACGAUGGCAUUAUCCCGGAAUCUAUUGCCUCACCACGAUCUUCAGCAACAUCAGCAUCUCUGCCGAUAAUCCCAAGUCACAGAAUCUCUGGUGGUGAAGACUCGGAUGUCCUACCAGCCAGUUUAAUUGAUGAGACACGAGACGAUGCAUUGCGGGAUUUACAUACUGGGACUUCCUAUUCGACACGAAAGGAAGUUGCGUCUUUACGCUCAACAAUGUUGUUGCUGUUACGACAGGUCGGUGGUGAUGUCUCCUCCUCCACGUCGUAUCCAACGGAAUUAGCUCCGCUGCUACAUACGAUCGAAGAAGAACAAAAGAUAUACGAUGCUGUGUUCAAGGAGGUGGUUAGGCAAGUCGCUGUACACAUGCUGGAACGAGGUGAAUUGCUAUCUGAAAUACGGAGUAGAUAUGCAGCCAUGUUUAGACGGAUACCGCAGCAAGUCGUGCUUGUGCAUACCGAGCUACAAGCUUCCCGUCGUCUGAAUGCUCGAUUAGGAGAAGAGCUAAAACGCAGCCGUCAAGUAACAGAGACAGUGCUCUCUGAACUGGAAGCAGUCAAGAAAUUCGAUGCUGCUCAAUCAAGACCAUCUCCCUUUGGAAGUGCUAGUCGACCAGCAACUCCCAGCAACCCAUCGAAAGUAGUCAAGUCUGAAGAAGACGCCAAGGCCCUUCUCGAAAAGUUUCACGAGCUCUACAAGAUGCAACGCGGCCGUCUCGAAGUCACAUUAAAAGAAUGUGAACAUGAAAAGACCAAAUGGUCUACCAUCGCCACUGCACUAGCUCUUCGAUUAGGAGAUAAAUUGGGAAUGCCCAAACUCAAAACACUCCAUCUAUCGGGCAUAAGCAGAUACCAACGUGCUGGCCAAAUCAUAAUGUCAAUAUCCACCUACGUAUCAAAGGACGUAUCGAUACUGCAGCACCUAAUCGGCGAAUGGAAGACAGCACUCCAAACCCUCUCCGACCAAAUCGUCACCGAAGACCGUGAAUGUGUCGCUACUCUCGUAUCCGUAUCCCACGACAUGGACGGCAUACACGCCAACCUCGUCGGUGGACUCGAAGCCACGGAUUUAGAAGGCGGUGCAAGUCCAGCCGUCAAAGAAUUCACGCAACUGGACAUCAAAACACUCGCUCCACGUAUCAAACUACUUGUUGAUCGUGUCGGGCUCGUAGCAGGUCGAUUCGGUGGUACGGGUAAGGACAUUGAGUUACAGGAAAAGGUAGAAAAGGCAAGACAGUUGUCUGCAGGGUGGACUGAAGCUGCCAUCAAGUCGUUACGGAGAUGCGAAAAAACGACGAAUGGGAGCGAAUAUGGAGUUAUGGUGGAUGCCAUAAACAAGAUUGCUAGAGAGAUACAGACGUGGCUGGCUCGUCUUGAGGCCAGAAUAACUGGUGAUGAUGGUGGUGCAUCUCAGGCUAUUGCACUGCAUAAUAAGAUGGAAGACAAGUAUGCCAGCAUCGUAUUACGAGACUCGACGAAACCACUAAGCUCAGGAGAGCAAUUCCAUUACGCCGAUAGUCUCAUGCUAUGGAAGAAGCUUUUGUCGACCUUGAUAGUCACCCUCUCAAAAACAGCCGAAGCAGACCAGAAACGCGUCCCCAUACUGGUCGAAUCCUGGCUUUCAAACCUUCAAGACAAGUUACGCACCGACGCUGACUGUCGAAUCCAAGAAAACGAGAAACUGGCAUCCAAGACAUCCCACCUGGUCGUUAAACUCGUGCAAGGGGAUGACGAGAAACCAAACGAGGAUGAAUUGAAUUCAACUAUAUCAGAACUGCUGUUGCUGAACGAGAGUUUGAAGAGGGAUUCGGUGGGGAUUGAGAUCUUGUCUGAUGAGGGGGAGUCGUUGCAUAGUGUUUUGACAAAUACAUACACGGAAUGGACGGCUCUUACACGUGAACUACUAGGCCUUGAACAACAAGAGUAA